AUGGCCGUCGUCGGCGGCGGCGGCACCGGGGCGGCACGCGGGGAGGACGAGUGGCUGCGCGUGUACGGCCGUGUCGUGGCGAUGCUGCCGCAGGUGGAGGCGCUCGCCGCCGCCCGCGCGCGGCUGGAGGCCGUCAACGAGCUCCAGCACGAGUUCUGGGAAGCCCGCGACGCACUCCUCCAGCAUCGCCUCCUCCAGUCGGAGGAGAGCGUUAGGAGUUGGGAGGCGGCCUACAUCGACCUGCAGCCCUCCGGGGAUGAUCAGAGGUUCGCCGAACUCCAACAGAGUGAUUUGGAAGACUUAGCAACUUUUGUAGAUGUUUUCGCUGCAGAAAACACAGAAUUUCAGAUAAAAGUGAAGGAAGUUGACGCUGGUGCAGAUCAUAGUCAAAAUCCUGCACACCAUGAACGCAUAACAGAAGAUUUAAAAGCAGAGCUACGAAAAUUGAAGCAAGCUUAUGAAGCCCUUUGCUCAGAGAAGGAUAAGAAAGUUUCUGAAAUCACUGCAGAAAAGGAUUUUGUCCGGGACCAGUGUAAGACACUGGAGCGGGACUAUGCUGAUUUACGUAGCUACAUCAACAAUAAGUCUACACGAGAUAGUGAGGCAGCGCUAGAGCUUCAGAAGAAUGUAAAACAGCUGCAAGUGGCAUCCCAAAAGAAGGAUGAGGAGAUUCGCAAAUUGCGAGCACGAGUAAAAGCAGCCGAGGCCAAAAGGAAAUUGGUACCUGAAAGUAAGCUACAAAAAGUGGACUCUACGCCCAAGAAGAUAGACAAAGAAAUUGAGAAAUGCAAGGAUCGGCAACCUGAGGCAAAUCAAAAGCACAAGAAAGAUACGAGUGGAACACCCAAAAAGGGCUGUUCUGAAAGUCCUGCUUUAGUGAUGGAAACUAGAAAUUAUUCUUCUAAUCAAAUGCUAGCAGAAGAUGGGCGACCUGAGGCUAGCCAGAAGCGCAAGUGUGCCACUUUCUUAUCUAAUAAUGAUGGCCAGAAUGGAAAUGAUGAGGAAACAUGUAGGCAAGUUUUAGAGCCUCUUAAGAAGAAGAUGGUAUCAGGAAAAAAGGGGUUGGAGCAAGAGGACAAUAAGGCCAAAGCCGACGGAAAGAGGCACACUGAAAGCAAUCGGUCUCCGCACAAGCUGGCAAUCUACAAUGCACUCCUGUACCUCCGCAGCGUGAAGGAUAGUUUCACGGACAAACCCGAGAAGCACAAGGAGUUCCUGGCGAUCCAGAGCGAACUCGUUAGCAGGAAGAUUGAUGUCAACGGCUUUAUCAGCGCCGUGACGGUCCUGCUCGACGGGCGCCCCGAACUCAUCCGUGGGUUCAAGAGUUGUUUUACUUGUUCUCCAACACAAGUAUUAGGGAGUACCAACACUAAGUGUUAGGGAGUACAUUGACUUUUUUUUUGCGGGGUCUUCAAGGUAAAACCGUAACAGAGGACAAUUAACUGUUGCUUGUUUCAGUACACCACUCAAACUUUGGUUACCACCUUUUUGUCUUUUGUUCUGUCAGUCUUGUCGUGUGAAUUUGUUUCUACAAGCCAGAAGAAUUAGCAUAUAUAAUAUCUAUUGAGACUGCAUCAACAGAACUUCAGGCUGCUUUUGAAGUGUUGGUGGCUGGGCACUGCUGCAGAACGACCCCAAGAUGAGGAUGACAUGAAGUAAGUAAGAGAGAAGUUUAUCGGGGCAAAUGAUUUGUCUGAGGCUCCAGUUUAUUUGUAGUUGUUUAGGCACUGCACAUAGUAUGUGGUUCCAUUUUGUCAGUGAACUGAAGUUCACACGCUCCUGCCAAACUGCUGUUCCACGAUCAGUGGUAAAAUGGACUUAAGUUUGACCAUGUAUGUAAGAACCUUGAAGAA